GGGACACGCAGACUCCGCCAGAGGCAGAGUGGUCUGACCUGUCCGUGAACGCUGAAGUCGAACUUGAAGAUUAAGCAGCAGCCGGUGUUGGAAGCAGGCUCCAGGUCCGUGCACUGAGAGAGAUCCGAGCGAGCCUGAAGCCAGCGGGGUCCGAGCCACCUGCCCACGACCCCACGAGUCCCGAGCAAGCCCGAGAGCCCGCGACCUCCCUCCCGGUCCGCCGCCCAGAGCCAAGCCUCCAGAAUGCGGGCUGCUCGCAUCGUGCUCCGCGGCACUUCGGGCUCAUCGGCCGCCGCUACCGCGUCCGUGGCCCCGGUCCCGCGGGCAGUGGAGCGCUUCUCCCGAUACAGCCCGUCCCCGCUGUCCAUGAAGCAGCUGCUAGACUUUGGUUCGGGGAAUGCUUGUGAGAGGACCUCUUUCUCCUUCCUGAGACAAGAGCUUCCCGUGAGGCUCGCCAACAUCCUGAAAGAAAUCGACAUCCUCCCUGAUUCGCUGGUCAAGACCUCCUCGGUGCAGUUGGUGAAGAGCUGGUACAUCCAGAGCCUCAUGGAUUUAGUAGAAUUCCAUGAGAAGAGCCCUGAGGACCAGAAGGUUUUGUCUGACUUUGUAGAUGCACUGAUCAAGGUCCGGAACAGGCACCACGACGUGGUCCCAACCAUGGCCCAGGGCAUCAUUGAGUACAAGGAUUUGGUUGCCGUCGACCCUGUCACCAACCAGAAUCUCCAGUACUUUUUGGACAGGUUUUAUAUGAAUCGCAUCUCCACUCGAAUGCUCAUGAACCAACAUAUUCUCAUAUUUAGUGACUCAAAGACAAGAAACCCAAGCCAUAUUGGAAGCAUUGAUCCCCACUGUGAUGUGGUUGCUGUGAUCCAAGAUGCCUAUGAGAGUGCCCGGAUGCUUUGUGACCAGUAUUACCUCGUUUCUCCUGAACUGAAGCUAAUACAAGUGAAUGGAAAGGUACCUGACCAGCCUAUUCACAUUGUCUAUGUCCCCUCACACCUUCACCACAUGCUAUUUGAGCUCUUUAAGAAUGCCAUGAGGGCAACAGUGGAGCACCAGGAAAGCCAGCCAUCCCUCACACCCAUUGAAGUGACUGUUGUUCUUGGAAAUGAAGACCUGACCAUCAAGAUUUCAGACCGAGGGGGUGGUGUUCCCCUGAGAAUCAUUGACCGUCUCUUCAGUUACACCUACACUACUGCCCCGACCCCUGUGAUGGAUAAUUCCAGAAAUGCUCCUUUGGCUGGUUUUGGGUAUGGCUUGCCAAUUUCUCGUCUCUAUGCCAAAUACUUUCAAGGGGACCUGAAUCUCUAUUCGUUGUCAGGGUAUGGAACGGACGCAAUCAUCUACUUAAAGGCGCUGUCUUCUGAGUCCAUAGAAAAGCUCCCAGUGUUCAACAAAUCGGCCUUCAAACACUACCAGGUAGGCCCAGACACUGGGGACUGGUGUACCCCGAGCAAAGAGCCAAGGAACCUCUCCAAGGAGAAGGUGGCCAUGUGAGGAGGCUCAAACCAGGCUGUUCCAGAAAACUCGGGGCUUCCAAACUUUGGUGGGAACAAAAAACAAGCCCCAUCUCGAUCAGAAUCCUGGUCAGAAGAGCUGGGCAUGUGUGUGUGUGUGCACGAAGAUGCAGCCCCGUGGACCUACUGCAUGCAAGCUGUUUGUGUGGAGGACCUGGCAGGAAGCUACCAAGGUCCGGCUGGAGCAGUCCAGGAGGGUGCUCUCUGCCCCCAUCCCUCCCUACCCCCAGGAGGAGAGGGUUGGGCACUGAGGGGUCCUAGACACCCCAUUCAGGCUCCCAUUCUCAGCACCAAGGUCAGCUCUGAUACAGUGUUGGUUGUUGGAACCAUGGGAGUGAGUAGGGUUUUACUAUGGACUGUUAGAUUCCACUGUUCCCCUGCUUACAGGCCAUUCAGAAGACCAUGAGUUAGGAUCACAUCCUUGGAAAUGUACUUGUGUACUUUCACUAUUGUAUGGAUAACCCCAAGAAAAUAGAUGGGCAGCCAAGUCCAUACCAAUGUAGGUGACCAAGAAACAAGUAAAACCUCUGUCCCCUAGCUUGUAGCCCAGGUACAGGAAAAGGUUGGAGGUGUUACUCCUCCAGCUGAAAUUAUUCCUGGUUCUCCUGGCUCAGCCAGUGGCUCAAGCACCUGCGUGGGCAUGUCUCUUAAGUGUGGACACUUGCCCUAAGCAGGGUCAGGACAUGUGGGAAAGUUGCUGUUUGUGGGAGAAGGCUGGAGGCCAGGACCACAUGGAGAACCACAGCAGGACCUCAGCCCUUAUUGGCCAGGUCAGAGAUAUGCGUAUAAUUAGGGCAGGGUAGCCUCACAUGGAGGGGAAGGUUACACCUAGGGCCAAUGUGUGGGUUUGAAAAGAGGAGGCUGGCAGUCCAAGGGUGUGGUGGGAUGUUGGUGGAUUAAUUGGUGGGGAGUUGUAUUUGUCAGGAUGGGGAAGGUGGAUAGAAGGGGAAGGAACUGAGAGUUCUCCCUCAGCCCAUGACCCUGCUGGCCUAUGUGCGUGUGGCCAGACAGUGGGCAAGGGAGCAGGGCUGGACCUUGGAAAUGUAGCACAGUUGGGGGAUGGAGUGAGUGCAGUCACAGAGGUGGGCCAGCCCAGUUUGGGGUCCUGCAUCCUUGUUGGAUGUGACGUUUCACUUUGGUGAUGAUUCCUUGUGGCUGCCAAGGGUGCCAGAAACAGUGUUUAUCCUAGAGUUUGCAUGAGGUCCUCCUAAAGUAAUGGGCGGAGUUCUGGCCGGCACAGGCUCCCUUAGUCCCAUGGUGCUAAGAGAAUUGUGGCAGGGGGUGAGAGCGGAUGGGGGAUCCUUCCUGCCAGCAUUGGCCUGGGGCUGGCCAGAACUGAGGGGGCAGGGCCAGUUCUACCCACCAGUGCCCUGAGAUUUCAGCUUUAUGUUGCCACCAAAGGGGGUUGGAUGGCCUGCACUCUGUGACUGUGGCCCACACAACAGCAGUGAAGGGCCUCAGUCUGGGAGACUCUGACUGGCUGACCAUACUGCAGGCCCAGGAAUAUGGUACAAUUGUAAAGUUACUGCUGUGUGAAUUAAACUUUGUACAUAGAAACAUGCCACUUUUUGUAAUAAAUAUUUUUACUAUGAUAAUUCC